UGAUAAAAAAAUUUUGUUGCACCUCAAAAUGCACUCUUGAAAGGAAGUUUAUAAUGCAGAAUAUUUACAUGGUAUUGUGUUGGAAAAAUGUUGGUGAGAAGAAGAGGUUUAUUAAAAAUGUAAGAUCAGAUUAAGAAUCGAUCAAAAUGUCAUGCCUAUAGAAGAUUAGAGUUUAAAGGAAAAAAAAGAAGAAAGAAGAAUGUAAAUUCUAAAUCACACACAACACAGAAACACACUCAAGAAGUUUACUUCUGAGCAUCGGAAUUGCUUCCUGUAUUCAAAAUCUAGUAGAGAUUUAUUAGUGCUGCAAAUAAGAAUAUUUAUCCUCAUCAUUAUUAUAUUUCUUGUAUUUGUUCUGUCUUAACUUGAAGAUGCCUGAAAUCCAUUUAACUGGAGUAAAACAACCUUACAAAAGAAAGUGAGAAGGGAAUUAAAUGAUAGCUUGUAAAGAUUGAGAAAAGUGUGAAGGAGUAAAUAGAGAUAUUGAGGAUUAAGGAAGGAUUUUCUCUAACAAGAUUUAAGUUUAAGAUUAGAUUUUUCUCUUUUUUUUGCCUCUACUGAGAAUAUUUCUCGACGUACUCUUCUUUUUUUUUUAUAAGUUGCUUAAAAGUCACCUCAAUUUUAAAUGUAAUAAUUAAGGAGAAUCGUGUUUCACAUAACUCGAGGACUAUUGAAGGAUAAUAAAGAAAAACUGCCGUGGUUUUGAUUGUAAGAUAACAAAGAAAAACCCUUGAAAACACAGAAUCAGUCGUGAAAUUAUUGCUUUUCCUCAUUUAUGCAUAGUUAUAUUAACAUUUUUUGUGUUCAUUUAAGUCUUUUUUUUCACAUUAUUUGUGCUAAUAUAGAGAAAAACAAGAAUAACACUGAGAGAGAAAUGAAAAAAUGGAGAAAAUUGAUUGGAAAUAAAAAGGAAUAAAAAAAAACAUCACAGAAUGUGGUUUAAAAUGCGACACACACUAACUUAAAAGGAGGGUGCUAAGAGGGCAAAUUCUUCACUGGAGCGAAGAUACAAACACAUUUUAAGGAUUACAAUUACACGAAGUAAUUAAUUGUAUAUUUAUAUGUACCAGAAUAAAGUUGAAUUCUCUACAAAAUGAGUGCUUUUUUCACUGCUUCAGUCUGAUAAUUUGCAGCCCCUUGAGAGAUCGUUAAUGUUUCAGUGGGAUUUGAAUUGCGCGGUUGGUGAAUCGGGAAAUUGACCUGCGAUGCUUUUGCGACCAACUUCACGCCAAUCAGUGUGACAGCGAAAUAGUAAACAAAAAUCUCGCUGGAAUUUUCUCUGUGUUCUGUUGCCUUAAAUGUUGGUGAAAAAGUGGCGAGAAGAUGACGACGCGCAACCCCCACACCCUCAUGGCCAUGUCCGUGGACGAGACAUUUGAUUUCCUGUUCAAGAUCGUCCUGAUCGGCGAUUGUGGGGUGGGAAAGUCGUGCGUGGUGGAGCGCUUCAAGUCGGGGAACUUUGUCGAGAGGCACGGAAACACGAUUGGCGUGGACUUUUCCAUGAAGAGCGUCAACAUUGAGGGCAAGAAGAUCAAACUGCAAAUCUGGGACACGGCUGGCCAAGAGAGAUUCCGCACCAUCACUCAGAGCUACUACAGAUCCGCGAAUGGAGUCAUCAUAGUGUAUGACAUCACCAAGAGGUCGUCCUUCCUCAACUUGCAGCGAUGGAUCGAGGAGGUGCGUCGCUACACUGCCUCGAGCGUGAUUCUGGUCCUGAUCGGCAACAAGUGCGACAUGGAGUCUCUGCGCGAGGUGGAGUUCUCAGAGGCUGAGGCCAUGUGCGAAUUCGUGCCGGAGAUUCUGUUCGUGAUGGAGACGAGCGCCAAAGAGAACACCAACGUCGAGGAGGCCUUCAUGUGUCUCGCCAAUGAGCUCAAACGACGACACGAUUCUAUCACUGCAGAUGGCGAGGAGGCGGGAAUUGUGCUGGGCAAGAGCAAACCACUCAAUCAAUGCAGCUCCAGCUGCAAUCUCACGUGAUUCUGAUGCUGGGAAGAAUCUCAAUAUCUCUCUCUCUCUGUUUCUGCCUCGUAGUGCCUUAGGAAAAGUACCGGAGAAUCUCAUGAGAGUGACAAAUUGUCGAGAAAAAUUGUGAAUAUUUCAUUCUUAGACGAUCACGUGCUUAAUUAGGAUGUUUUAAUUCGUCUCGAAAAAACUGUCUCUGAACAAAACACAAAAGCAAUUCUCUUAAUUCGAAAUUCACAAAUAUUUAUGAUUUUAUUGUAUCCUGUGUAAAAAAAACGUGACCUACUUCUCAGUGAUGACCACGAAUAUUGAUAUUUUUUCGAUUGUAAUCUUACGUGAAUGCUGUAGAAUAAAUAUUUUUAAGAAA